CAACUCUUCUUUUGAAAGACAAUCAAAGUUUCUCUUCUUCCCUUUCGUUCGUUUGCUGUAUGUGUAAUAUGUAUAUCCUCCUCUUCAUUCUAAUAACUCUCCACUCUCUAUCCCCAUUCAACACUGUUUCUAUCUUUUGCUCAACCCAAACCCUAAAGUUCUGAUCUUCGAUACUUCAGAUCAUGAAUGCAAGAGAUUAAGGUUUUGAUUUAAGUGUUAUCUAUGGAUAAUCAAUCGAAAAGAUCAGAACCUAAUUCAAGUAAUUUUAGCAGAGAAAGUAUAAGCAGCGAUGAAAGCUCUUGUAGCAGUCUUAGUAACAAUGCUGUUAAUAAACCUCAUAAAGCAAACGAUGUAAGAUGGGAAGCAAUUCAAGCAAUUCGAACAAAAGAGGGAAUGUUGGGUUUAAAUCAUUUCAGAUUGUUGAAAAAAUUGGGUUGUGGCGAUAUUGGAACUGUUUAUCUAUCGGAAUUGAAUGGUACCAAGUGUUAUUUUGCUAUGAAAGUGAUGGACAAAGCAUCGUUAGCUAGUCGUAAGAAACUUGUUCGAUCUCAAACAGAACUAGAGAUUUUGCAGUGUUUGGAUCAUCCUUUUCUACCAACUUUGUAUUCUCAUUUCGAAACAGACAAGUUUUCAUGUCUUGUUAUGGAGUUCUGUCCUGGAGGUGAUCUACAUACACUUAGACAAAAACAACCUGGAAAGCAUUUCUCAGAACUAGCUGUUAAGUUUUAUGUUGCUGAGAUUCUACUAGCUCUUGAAUAUCUUCACAUGCUUGGGAUUAUCUAUCGCGAUCUCAAACCAGAGAAUGUACUUGUUCGAGAAGAUGGACAUAUAAUGCUCUCUGAUUUCGAUCUUUCUCUAAGAUGUAAUGUCAGCCCGACUCUCGUGAAAUCUGCAAUCACCAAGAAUGAAUUUCGUAAAAGCUCUGCUCAAUCCUCCCAACCGUCUUGUGUUUUGCCAACUUCGUGUUUCAAACCUCGAUUCUUCUCUAAGAAAAAACCAAAAAACGAAAUUGGAAACCAAGUGAGACCGUUGCCUGAGCUUAUGGCCGAACCAUCCGGGGCUAGAUCGAUGUCUUUCGUCGGGACCCAUGAAUAUUUAGCGCCUGAAAUAGUUAAAGGAGAAGGCCAUGGGAGUGCUGUUGAUUGGUGGACUUUUGGGAUUUUCUUGUAUGAGUUAUUGUAUGGUAAAACGCCUUUUAAGGGAUCGGGAAACCGGGCAACUCUAUUCAAUGUUGUCGGGCAGCCACUUCGGUUUCCUGACACUCCGGUUGUGGGAUUUGCGGUUCGUGAUCUUAUAAAGGGGUUGUUGGUUAAGGAUCCGCACGAUAGGCUUGCAUAUAAACGAGGGGCGACUGAAAUAAAACAACAUCCUUUUUUCCGAGGCGUGAAUUGGGCGUUGAUUCGUUGUGCAAGCCCACCCGAAGUCCCGAGGCCCGUGGAGGUUGAAAGGUUUUCUGCAUCGUCGAGCCAUAAAUCCGAAGUGGUUGCUACUCAUGAGAAAAAAGAGAAUUAUCUUGAGUUUGAUUUCUUUUGAAAAUAAUUGGAAUGGAUGGAUGAAUGGAUUUGGGAACUGUUUUAUUUUUAAUUUUAAUUUUUUUGAUCUUGUAUUAGUUUAAUGAUGUUAAGGGUUACAUAUUUUGAUUUUGUGUUGGAGAAAGCAUAAAUUUGGUGUAAUGCUUUCAAUAGAUUAUUAGUGUAUGUUGCUAAUGCACUAGCUAGUUCUAUUUUCUAUUAUUCUUAUUGAAUAACAAUAAUAAUAAUAAAAGUGUUCUUUAUUGAUUUUU